AUGCCUCGCAUCCCUACACGGUUAAUCCUCCAGGCAUACCAACAUGAUACCAUCCUACCACUGCUGUUAAGGGAGUGUCGCACCCUUGAAUCAGCGAAAAAUGAGUUGCGAUGGUUACGUGAACACGCAUUGCGUGUAUCCGAAUCAACGACGACAGAACGAGUACCGACGAAAGCUCCGCUUCCCUACUCGAGGACCCUUCUGAGAACAAUGUGCGCGGCUCGGUCGAGAGGGGUGCCUCUCCAGUACAUACUGGGAGAUCAACCAUUUGGUGACUUGGAUAUUAAGUGUAAAAGAGGGGUUCUAAUUCCGAGGCAUGAAACAGAAAUGAUUACCUACCACGCCGCAAAUCUGAUACUCCAAGGUAUGGCCAACGGUCUCUUUGGGGACAACAACGAAAAGACACCGCUCCGUAUCCUUGAUCUUUGUACCGGAUCCGGCUGUAUACCACUGCUACUGCAUUCUCUGCUCGCGCCGCAUAUCAAAAAUCUCUCUAUCACCGGGAUCGACAUCAGCAGUGCGGCUGUUAGACUGGCAGAGGAGAACCAUGAGCGGAAUGUGCACCUUGGAUUAUUGUCAGAUCGCGCCCUGAAAGAAAUCAGCUUUCGACAAGGCAACGUGCUCGAUUACGCUCAUGAUUUAUCUGCGUUGGCAAAUGUACUCCACAUGCCUGCUGGGCGCACUCCCGAUUUUGAGCUCGGGUGCGAUGUCAUCAUCUCGAAUCCGCCUUAUAUUUCCCCGGUGGAUUAUCGAAAUGGGACUACGUCGCGGAGUGUCCGCAUGUUUGAGCCAAAACCUGCAUUAGUUCCCCCAGAGUCUUACUCGGGGCCAAUGCUACUUGUUGAUGAUUUUCGAAUCGAGGACCUUUUCUAUCACCACAUUGCCGCAAUAGUGGCUAGUUCCAGGGCCAGGCUGGCAGUCCUUGAGUGUGGGGACCGCUUGCAGGCCAUGCGGGUUGCCUCACUAUGCACAAAGAUCCUCCAGGGAAGUGGCGAACCCUCUCGGGCUGUAGUUGAUAUUUGGUCCGUGAGUGGCAUUGAUACACACCCGUGCGCGGUUUUGAUACACCUGUCGUAG